CCCCGCUCCUCGCCGAGCUUCGUCCGUCCGCCUGCGGCGGCGGCGGCUGCGCUGGGGGCGGCUCCCGCGGCGGCUCCGCAGCUGCCCGGGCGCUCGCGCACCCAGCACCCCGCCGGCGGCGUCCACGCUUACCUAGCGCCGGCCGCGGAGGUGCGCGGGGAAGGCGCGCCGGGGAGCCGGGGCCUCCGGCCGGUGCGGGGCGCGCGGCCCGGGCAGCGCCGGGGAAGGCGGCGCGGGGACGGGCGCUGGGCGGCCGCAGGGUUCCGGGCGCCGCCGCGUCCCGAGCUCCCCUGCCGGCCCUGCCGGCGGCCUGCGGGGGCGGCGCAGUUGCGAAACUGAGUGCCUGCCUAGAGCCUCGCAGAAUCCCUGAGUGGUGCUCCGUCCUCGGAGACUACCUCAUACCCUGGCUGCAGACUCUGGCGUGGUAAGCUGACCACGCAGACUCUGCCUUCUCCGUGUUCCUGCAGCCAGAGGCAUGACCUGACGCCCUGAUGACCACUCUCAGGGCCCUUGUGUGACUGGCCGGUGCACCAUGGAACUUAAAGUAUGGGUGGAUGGAGUUCAGAGGAUUGUUUGUGGGGUCACCGAAGUCACAUCUUGCCAGGAGGUUGUAAUAGCCUUAGCUCAAGCGAUAGGUCGAACUGGAAGGUACACCCUUAUAGAAAAAUGGAGAGAUACUGAAAGACACUUAGCACCUCAUGAAAAUCCUAUCAUAUCCUUAAACAAAUGGGGGCAGUACGCUAGUGAUGUGCAACUGAUUCUGCGGCGGACAGGGCCAUCUCUCGGUGAGCGGCCCACCUCAGACAGUGUGGCUCGGAUUCCCGAAAGAACUUUAUACAGGCAGAGUCUGCCCCCUUUAGCUAAACUGAGGCCUCAGAUUGACAAAUCAAUCAAAAGGAGAGAACCCAAAAGGAAAUCAUUAACAUUUACAGGAGGUGCCAAAGGAUUAAUGGACAUUUUCGGAAAAGGCAAAGAAACUGAGUUCAAGCAAAAGGUGCUGAAUAACUGCAAAACAACAGCAGAUGAAUUGAAGAAGCUGAUCCGUUUGCAGACAGAGAAGCUUCAGUCCAUUGAGAAACAGCUGGAAUCUAAUGAAAUAGAAAUACGAUUUUGGGAGCAAAAAUAUAAUUCUAACCUCGAAGAGGAAAUUGUUCGCCUAGAGCAAAAGAUCAAAAGAAAUGAUGUAGAAAUUGAGGAGGAGGAAUUUUGGGAAAAUGAAUUACAGAUUGAACAGGAAAAUGAAAAACAGCUGAAGGAUCAACUUCAAGAAAUAAGACAGAAAAUAACAGAAUGUGAAACCAAAUUAAAGGACUAUUUGGCACAGAUCCAGACUAUGGAAAGUGGUCUUGAAGCAGAAAAAUUACAGUGGGAAGUUCAGGAGGCACAAGUCAAUGAGGAAGAGGUCAAAGGAAAGAUUGGUAAGGUCAAAGGGGAAAUUGACAUCCAAGGUCAACAGAGUCUGAGGCUGGAAAAUGGCAUUAAGGCCGUGGAACGAUCUCUUGGACAAGCCACCAAACGAUUACAGGACAAAGAACAAGAAUUGGAGCAGUUGACCAAAGAGCUGCGGCAAGUCAAUCUCCAGCAAUUUAUCCAGCAAACAGGGACAAAAGUUACUGUUCUGCCAGCGGAGCCCAUUGAAAUAGAGGCCUCCCAUGUGGACAUACAAAGGGAGGUGCCAUUCCAGUCUGGGUCCCUGAAGCGACCUGGUUCGUCUCGGCAGCUCCCCAGUAAUCUUCGUAUUCUACAGAAUCCUAUCUCAUCUGGUUUUAACCCUGAAGGCAUAUAUGUAUAACAUUGUCUGUCUUUAAGGGGGAGACCCAAUAAAGGUACCAAGGACAGUAGAACUCUCUCUUUGAUUUGUGCCAAUAACGAACAGAGGGUGUAUUUCACAAGCCACCGUGUCUUUUUUCUCUCCUAAAUCGCAUACCACUUGGAGCCAUACCCUGUGCACUGAUGCUAAAGAACAAAGAAACUGUUUUCACACAACAGUGUUGGUAUUUUUAUCCAGCAGCUGUAAUGCAAAGCCUUCAUUUUCAUUUGUAGCAUUUUGAGAGCAUUAGGAAAGUGUUACAUCGUGUGUAUACUGAAAUAAACCAGGACUCAAGAGUGGAGAGACAUUUGUGAUUGGAUUAGUUUAAUUUAUUUCAUGUAAUCAAUUAAUGUGUGAAUGUUGAUGUUUUUACUCUUUUUUAUUAAUACUUAUCCUGUGACUUAAAUACCUUGCAUAUUGUGUGACCAUGACUUCGUGUGCAUGUUGCCCAACUCCAUCCACGCAUUGCCAAUUUAAACUACACAAGUGGCAUAGGGUGCUCCGCCAUUGAAACUGACUCCACAAGAACCCACUUGCGUUUAUUUUCUGAAACUGUCCAGUAGCCAUUGCUUAGUGAGGUUGGAAUAACUCGGGGAGAAGGGAGUUAAAUCUAGAAUCGAAUCUUCCCUUUACAGUAUUCCCCAAUAUGUGAGUAACCACAUAACAUAAUGGAUAUUUUUCAUGAGGUAAAUUGUAUGUGUAAGAGGUUUGCAGUGUGUCGGAUACUGCUGAACAAAUACGUCAUUGUUGACGAUCUGUCCACACAGGCGUGGGGUUUCCGGAUACGUUUCGUGUUUUGUUUCUGCUCUGCUUUGUGGUCUCCUCUCACGGGUCCUUCGAAUUUACAUGAUAUGAAAGUUACAGAUCCCCGAGGACCAGAUCGCUCUACUUCUGGAAUGUUGCUUUAAGCAAUGUAAAAUGACCACUUCAUAUAUGGUCUAUUGAUAUUUACUUCCCUGGGUAGGUUAUUGCUUGCACCUAAUUUACUAUUGGGACUUCUCCAGUCACAGGGAAAGUAGAUUGGAGUUAGGUACUUUUUACCAAGGAAAUAAAGUCAAAUUCAGUAUAUGUUUUUAUUUUGAAGCCUGACUUUUAUAAGACAUUAAUCUCCAUUUGUACAUAUGCUGUUUUAUUUAUAAAACCAAAAAUGAGUCAAUGCCUAUACUAUGAGCAGUGACUUAACUAAGAUUUACAAGAGUAUUUAGACAGACGUAGUCAGAUACCACUUAGCCAUUUUUACAUUCCCUCUGAUCAAAAUUGGUACAGAAUAAUUAAGACUUUACUCUAAAAUUUAAAGUAGUUUUUAAUUCUGAAGAAAACAAAUUUUCUGUUAUUUACAUGCAACAAAAGUGGAUUCCUAUGGUAAAUAAUGCUAUGAUAACAAUAAAAAGAUACGUAUUAUGCAUGAAGGCAACUUUGGAUGUUUUAACACAUUUGACUUAUUUUUGGUUUAAUGAAUGCUGAGAAUGCUGCUUAGGUUUCCUAUAAAAGUUUGUAAGAAUGGCUAUGAAAAUAUAUAGAAGCUUCUAGAGAACUGAAAGUAAUAAUAUAGAGUUGCCUUUUCCAGUACAGCGAAGUGGCAGACCUCACCUGAAGAUAUUAUUUUGGGGGCGCUUGGAGUUAUCGAGUUGAUCUUACCAUUUUACUACUUUGCAAAUAACUGAAGAAGUAAAUGAUUCUUAUUGAAUAACCACAGUGUGUACACAUUUACUCUCAGUGUGUAAUAGUUGUUUCAUAUCAAUAUAUAUUUAAAAUUAGGAUAAUUAAAAAUCAAAAUAAGUUGAUAGCUUUUGUGACAAUAAUGAUUUAUGUAUGCCCAAAAUAUGCCUUAUUUUUAAAGAAUCCUAUACUUAGUCAUUUUGUCAUUGUUCAGAGAAAUUGAGACCUUAUUCACAAAGAAAACCUUUUUUGUAUUAAUUGCAUUCUGUUUAAAUCAAAAUGUGAAACUACACAUAAUAUUAAACUUUGCAAUUGGAAAUUACAAAGAUGCCUUGGCGUACCAUGAAAACUACAGAGUCCAUAUCCAACUUAAUUACUGGAAAUUAGUAUUGAAUUAACAUAACUUUAAAAAGAUACCAGCAGCAUCCUUGCAGCUUCCAGAAGUCCUGGGUUCCCCAGCAUGGUUCCAUGGUUAACCUCUCUGACAACCUCCUCAGAAUUUCCAAGUUGCCAAACAACCAUCAUGGACCUAAUUACAGACAGAAAAAAAAAAAUAGUAUUUUCUAGAUGGGAAAAAUAUAUAAAUGGGAAUAUGAUGAAUAAAUACAUUGAGCAGCCGUACUUUUUUUUUUUUUUUUUUUUUUGGCAGUUUUUGGCUGGGGCUGGGUUUGAACCCACCACCUCUGGCAUAUGGGGCUGGCGCCCUACCCCUUUGAGCCACAGGCCACCCGAGCAGCUGUACUUUUUAAUCAGUUAUAUUACUUCUGAAAGCACAUAUCUAAGGAAUAUUUUCUAAGAGUUAGGGGGGAAAAAUCAUUUCUGUAGGAACAUCUUAAAAUAUUUUAAUCUGUUUAUGAUUAUUUUUAUCCGUUGUGGAUACAAAUGAGUUAGAUUAAGAGCUAUAUCUUUGGAUACAUUUCCAAGGGGGGAGUGAGCAACAGUAUACAAAAAUACGAAAUAUAAAAUUUUGCAUCUGAAGAAAUAUUUAGGUUUUAAUUACUAAAUUAGAUGACAAGUUUUUGUGUUUUUUAAAAAUAAUAUUGAUGUUUUAUUGUGAUUUUCUACAAGUCUUAAAUACAUUUAAAGAUUUUUUUUCUUACCAAGGAAUAAUUUUAAAUACUACUGGUAUAUUUGAUCUCUUGACUGUCAGCCCCAGAGAAUGAUCCAUAGUGGGUAACCUUAGUUCUUUUGUUGUUCUUAUGAGAUGUUUUGGCUUGUUAGCAUUUGCAAUUUUUUUUGUCUUGUUGCAGAAGGAAUUUUUUGUAUGUGAGACUUCAGUUAGUAUUAAUAGCAAUUACCUGUUGUUUAAUUCCCCUAGUAAUCAGUGAGCCAAUCAUGAAUUCCUAACUUCAAAUUAGAUAUAAACAAGAACUAAAAGAAGACUGAUGAGGUAAACAUACAUAUAAAAAAUUCAGUAAAAAAUAGAAUUUAUAGUGUGAAAUGUGAACCAUAGCAGUGUGUAAGAACAUAAAAGCACUUGCUUCCAUAGCAUAAAUAAAAUUUACACCUGCAUUAAAAGAUAAUUUUCUUUGUGAAUAAAAGCAAAAUGGUCUUUAAAGAAAAGAGCUCUCCAUUUCUAUGAACAUCUCAAGUCAAAACUGUAAUGGAGGGUGGCGCCUGUGGCUCAGUGAGUAGGGCGCCGGCCCCAUAUGCUGAGGGUGGCGGGUUCAAACCCAGCCCCGGCCAAACUGCAACAAAAAAUAGCCGGGCGUUGUGGCGGGCGCCUGUAGUCCCAGCUACUCGGGAGGCUGAGGCAAGAGAAUCGCGUAAGCCCAAGAGUUAGAGGUUGCUGUGAGCCGGGUGACGCCACGGCACUCUACCCGAGGGCAGUAGAGUGAGUCUCUUGUCUCUACAAAAAAAAAAAAAAAACUGUAAUGGAUUGAGGAAAUAAUAGGGAAAAGGCAAAAACUCUUGAUUCAGGCAUGCAAAGAGCGUCCGUAAGUAAGUAGAUGGGCAUUUCCCAUUGUGCAUUGCCUUGGAAAACUGGGCCUUAAUUUAUAUGUAAAUAACAAUACUGUGUUCACACCCCUCUUCUGCCUAAGUUGUCUUUAUUGACCUAUAUUAUAUUUAAAAAUAGCUCAUAAGUGUUACUUUUAUAUCACGUCCAUUUUCUAAAGUUGCAUGUUUAUACUAUUUGCUCUACAGUAUUUUUAAGUUAUGGGUGAAGGCCAUCCAUCAGCUGUAUCAAGAAGAUAAAACAGUCACUGUUUAUUCAGUAUUGCUGCUUUACAUUUCCAGAAUAAGCUUUCUAUGCCAAGACAGUGACUGCUUGAAAGCUGCAGGAGCUCUUUCCAAUGCAUUUUAUAUAUUUUUAGAAACCAAAUAAAUGCAGAAGACUAUUUAGUAUACUAAUUAUAUUAAACCAGCAGAAAUAUAAAGGCAAUAAAGUAUAUAUACAUAUAUAUGGGGGGAGGGGAAAGAUUAAAAAAUAGGUUUACAGCCAGACAUGGUGAUAACCCUAAAUCUAUUAAUGUUUCUCAAGAUGUUUUCCUUUACUGAUCGUAGGAGGAUUUGAGUUUUCUGCAGCUUUAAACAGAAAAUUGCCACAUUCACUAAUUGUGGACACAUAAAUAUGCUUUUAGUAUUGCUUUGCCAAUGUACAAAUAAAGUAUGUACUAUGUAUUAUAUGUAAUUAUUCUUUUCUUUGACUUUCAUUUCAAAUUGUAUAUUUUCUGAUUAUUAUCAUGAGCUGUAAAACAAAGGAUCAAUAUCAGACAUUCUCCCAAAUAAUAAAUUUUCAGGAUUCAUUUGGG